AUGGAUGAAUUACUCCAGAUGGAUAAGUAUUUAAAAAUGGAUGAGGCGUCCAACAUGUCUGAGCCCUGCAUGAUAGCCAAGAAAACAGGAAGAAUAGAGCAGAGCCGCAGGGGCCGGUCACUGCUGAGGCUGCCCCAGACAGCUGUCCAGUCUGUGUCCGAGCUCAUGGUCUCUGCUCUACAGACCGGCUGGCAAAUAUGCUCCUGGAAGUCAUCUGUGAGUUCUACCUCAGCUAACUCCCCCUUGAAGACUGGGUCACAUUUGGAGUCUCCGGAAGCCGAGAUGCUGCGGGAAGUCUAUCUGGUGCUGUGGGCCAUUCGCAAACAGCUGAGGCGGCUGAUCCGAAAGCGGGAGAGGCGGAGACGGUGCCACGUACAGAUCCACACACUCCCCAAGUCCGACCCAGUUCAAGGGCCAACACAGGAUGCCCAAAGUCCCCUCUAG